GGCAUAUCGUACACCUGGCCGUCUUCUGUGCUUGGUCUCUUCAGUUCCCCCAACACGACCCUAGAUCGAGUGAUGACUGAAACGGAGCUGUCUCUACUGGGUAGUCUCUCAUCUAUCAGCGCAAUGUUGGCCAUACCGUUCUCUGGGAUGGUCCUGGAUGGACUGGGGAGGAAGAACACGUGUGUUCUGUUCUGCUUGUUGCAAUUGAUCGGCUGGACAAUAGUUAUAGCAAGUACGUCUGUGGAAGCUGUUAUGGCCUCAAUUUUUGUAUCCGGAAUAACUUGCACCGCAAUACUCGCCAUACCGCUAUAUGUCAGUGAAAUCUGCCAAGAUUCGAUCCGUGGUUCUAUGUCGUCUGGAGUCAUGAUGUUCUACGGUCUGGGGAUGCUGAUAUCGUACCUCCUGGGAGGUCUGGUUGAGUACCAUGUGAUGAACUAUACGUGCUUGAGUCUGACGGUACUUGGCAUGGUCCUGCUGUGUUUUGUGAAGGAAUCUCCGCUGAUAUUGAUUAUUAAGGGGAAUGAAAAGGAAGCAGCGCAAUCAAUCGCUUUCUACAGAGGUGUAAGUGCGGAUUCAAAGGAAGUUGAGCAAGAGAUAGCCAAAAUCAAACGAACAUUAAAUCCUGAGUUAGACGAAGAAAUGCCUGAAGAAGAGAUUUUAAAGCCUGAAUUUAAACCAAAGGAAAAAUUGUCGACUUUGCAGUUCAUAAAAAAAUCACGCUCAACGCGUCGCGCGAUGUUCGUCUGUCUGAUACUCAGCUCGUCAACCGUCUUCCAAGGUCUGAUAGUGGUGCAGGUGUAUGCAGCACCGCUGUUCGAGAUGGCGAUACCGAGCAUGUCUGCCACUGUAUCUAGCGUUAUAUUCGCGGUUGUUACUAUAGUGGCUGGCAUUAUUGCUGCAUAUCUUGUGGAGGCUAUGGGUCGUAAGUCGCUCAUGGUCUACGCAUCGGCAGCAGCAGCAAUAAGCUGUGUAGCCCUCGGCACUCAAAUCCAAUUCAACUGGGGGCCCCACUGGGUGGCGGCCGUGUUUAUAUACCUGUAUACUGUCACGUAUACCGUUGGAGCUGGGACCAUACCGUAUAUGUAUUAUGCUGAGGUUUUCUUGCCUGAGAUUAGGAACUUCGCUUCAAUGUUAUCCGUGGAAUGGACCUUCCUUUGCUUCUUCAUCGUUCUGUUUAUUUUCAACCCUGUCGUUAACAGCAUUGGUCUAGGCGCAGUAUUUUAUAUAUUCGCUGCGGUGUGCCUACUAACUUCUGUUUUCUGCCUGUUCUUCAUGCCAGAGACAAAGGGACGAACCAUAGAGGAGAUUCAAUUAAUGUUCGCGAGCCCUAAAUCGAGGAAUAAAGUGUAGUCUAUGGUUAUUGUAAAUUAGGCUAAAGAUUGUAUAAGUUUUUGAUAUGCAGCAAAUUGUAACUUUUUGUUGGUUAUGUUUUUGAGCAGAGGAGCUUAUUAUACAAUUUUUGUUUGUAUACUUCUUUGGCUCGUGCUGUAGAUAAAACAGCUCUUAGAAGUGCCAUUUGGUUUGUUUUAUUAAUAAAAGUGUCAAAAGCCAAAAGCCUAAAGUACAAUAAAGCUCUGAAGUUUGGGCGCCAAUUUAAUUUUUAAAUAUAAGUAUUCAUUAGGAAGGGAAAAGAAAAAAAAAUGACGAAACGUUAAAAAUAGGUAUCUAGUUAUUACCGAAUAUUUGCUAAAAUUUGUGCAGUUCUCUUAAAACGCUGUAAUUACCUAGGUUAAUUUUAAAUUUAAUCUUUAAGGUUUAAUUUAGUGUAAGGAAGGUGUAAGGCAUUGUUAUUUAUUAAAAUAAAAUGACUGAUGAAAUUG